AUGGCGUUACCCGACCCCCUUGCAGUGCCCAGCUCCCUAAGGCAGAAGGGGAUGCCAGAGUGCACUGAAAAUGGUUCUCAUGUGCACUCUGUUGUAGAUUGGGAUAGUGAUAUGGAUUAUCUGGAAGCCCUGGUGGAAGAUGGCUUGAGAUUCUUGGAGGAUGUUGGAGAUGGGAAUCAUGACAUGGAUUAUCCGGAAGUCUUGAUGAAUGACGGCUUGAAAUUCUUGGAGGAUGUCGGAGAUUGGGAUAGUGAUAUGGAUUAUCUGGAAGCCCUGGUGGAAGAUGGCUUGAGAUUCUUGGAGGAUGUUGGAGAUGGGAAUCAUGACAUGGAUUAUCCGGAAGUCUUGAUGAAUGACGGCUUGAAAUUCUUGGAGGAUGUCGGAGAUUGGGAUAGUGAUAUGGAUUAUCUGGAAGCCCUGGUGGAAGAUGGCUUGAGAUUCUUGGAGGAUGUUGGAGCUGACUUUGGUCUCUGUGCUCGGCUCAGCCCUGAGUGCAGCAGGUGCGACUCCAGCGUUGGCACUCCCAGCUGGAUGGCACCGGAAGUCGUGAGAGGAGAAGCCUACGGCCCCAAAGUGGACAUCUGGUCCCUGGGGAUCACGGGGCUGGAGAUGGUGGAAGGGGAAGCUCCUUACCAGAGGGAGCCCAAGUUCAGGGUUUUUGAACUGAUCGAAAGGAACGGCCCCCCAAAACUGCAAAACCCCAGGCACCACUCGGCUCUCCUGCGCGACUUUCUGCGCUGCUGCCUGCAGGCGGACCAAGACAGGUGCUGGUCUGCCCAGGAGCUCCUGCAGCAUCCAUUUGUGACCUCAGGCCAGCCCGCCUCCAGCCUGGCUGCUCUCAUCGUCUCAGCCAAGCAAGUGCAGGAAGACUGGAGAGGAGAGGCUUGCGCCUGA